AUGCCAGGUUGUUUUUGUGGGGAUUACAACAUUACCAGGCUUCUGAAAGAUCGUAAUAGGGUGCGGCCUAUUAGUAGAGAAAUGAACGACUUUGAUAAAUUCAUCACUGACUGGGAUCUGGUGGAUUUGCUGUUAUUUGGUGCAAAAUAUACUUGGUCGAACCUUCAAGAGAACCCUAUUUGCAGUAGAAUUGAUAGGUUCAUUAUAAAUUCCAAAUGUGAUGAGUUUUUUUCAGGGACACAUCAAGUGGCGAAACCAAGGCUAACAUCUGACCACUCUCCUCUUCAAUUAUCUCUUUCGAUGGUCAUUAAUGGGCCACGGCCUUUCAAGUUUGAGCUCAUGUGGUUACAAGAUGGUAAUCUUUAUUCGAUAAUGGAGGUGUGGUGGCGGGCCUUGCACUUUCGUGGUAAUCCUGGAUUCAUUUUCUGCAAAAAGUUACAAGCUCUAAAAGGUCUUCUGAAAGAAUGGAACAAGAAUACAUUUGGCAAAGUGGACAAACUUGUGAAUGAUAGUUUGGUGAAGAUUGGAGUUUUGGACACAAAGCAGAGGGACGGGACAACUACGGAGGAAGAUAGGAUUGAUAGAGUUAACGAAAAAAAAGAAUAUCUGGAGUGGGCUAAACAUGAGAAUAUUAGGCUGAGGAACAAGUGUAAACAAGAGUGGAUAGAGGAGGGAGACAAAAAUACAACUUUCUUCCACAGAAAUGCCACUUUUAGAAACAUAUCAAAUUUCAUUGGGUCUCUGAGAGUGGAGGGAAACCUUACUGAAGAUCAAGACCUGAUUAAUUACAAAGCAUUAUCUAAAGCUUUUAUGAAGCUUUAUACAGGGAUGAUCAUGCAGUCAGACCUUUCUUGGACGAUAUCACAUUUUCUUCUUUGGAUAAGUCUGAAAUCGAUGCUCUAG